CUGAGAUUCCCCGGCAGGGGCUCGGCGUUUCCUAUCCUUCCCGCUCCAUCGUGCCUCCCCUUGCCCCGGAAUCCCCAUCGCCGGUGUUUGGGGCGCAGCCGUGAAUUUUAGGAGCGGAGAGGGCAAUGUGGGCAGGUCCCUGUCAGCAGGGGUCCCGGCCCGUGUCGAGACAAGGCAUGGAACAGGCAUGGGGCGUGUUGUCCUUGCUGGAGGGGCUGUGGCAGCCUGUGUCUGAGCCCUGUUGUGGGGUCUUGUGGGUUCGAUGCAAGGCUGGGCCCUGGGGAGGGUGGCAGAGGCAGGGUGGGGUGUCUGAGCACCCUUUCGGUUCCCCUUCCUGCUUGAAGUCACAGACGCAUGGUGGGGGGGUCAGUUCCCCUCUACAGGGUCAGGCAUCACGAGCCAGGCCUUGCAGUGCCCCUUCACACCAGGACAGCCCACAGGACCACGUCGGGGGUGACCGAGAGGAGACAGCAGCCUGUGUGGGUUUGAUGUUCCUGCCCAGGGAAGGGGCUGGUGGCACAGUUGGCACUGCUCCCCCUGCCCAGCACUGCAGCGCUGGUGGCGCUGGCAGAGGCCCAAGGUGAAGAGCAAUCACCACCCAGUGAAACUUGGGAAAGCACGGGGCCGCCCUACAAGAGCCACUGCCAUCCCACUUCAAAGAGAGCGCUGGCAGUGCCAGGCAGUGCAGGCAGAUCUGCUGCGGUCUGUGGUUAGCCCAGGCAUGGGAAGUGUGGUGCAAGGAAAACCUCACCUUGGGGCACAGCUUGGAGGAUGUGCAGCUGUGCAUGUGUGUGGCAGAGCAGCAUCUCUUCAUGGAUCUCAUCUCUUCCAGUGCGGGCAGCCUGGUGAUGCUGUGAAUUGUUCUGACAAGCAGUAUGAGCACAAGGGCAAAUGCUGCAACCGAUGCCCGCCAGGGAAGAAGUUGGCCUCUGAAUGCAACGACACAGAAAGCUCUGUCUGCACACCCUGUGACGACGGUCACUACCAGCAGAGCUGGACUAAAGAGAAGCACUGCAUGCCCCAUGACAUCUGUGAGGAGAAUGCUGGGCUCAUCGUGAAGAGACACGGAAAUGCAACGCACAACAUUGUGUGUCAGUGCCGGGCUGGCAUGCACUGCUCUGAUGCCAGCUGCCAGACCUGCGUGGAGAAUGAGCCCUGCAAGCAGGGCUUUGGCUUUGUGGCAGCCAUGGCUGAAGCCCGGAUGACCUCACCCUGUGAGCCCUGUGCAGAAGGCACCUUCUCCAAUGUAUCUUCCAAAACUGAGCCAUGCCACUUCUGGACAAGCUGUGAGGAAAAGGGGCUCGUGGUGAAGGUGAAAGGGACAAACACUUCAGAUGUGAUCUGUGAGUCGAGCCGGCGCUCAUCACUGUCGGUGCUGAUCCCCAUCGCAGCUGUGGUCAUCACCUGCCUGGUGGGCAUCUGCAUCUACUGCCUGGUGCACACAGACCUCAGGCGCCGUGGGCCGAGGCAGAUUGAGACCGAGGUGCCCAGAGAGCUGGAGACGCAGCAGCCGGAGGAGGUGGACUUCCCGGUGCAGGAGACCCUGCUGGGAGGGCAGCCCGUGGCGCAAGAGGACGGCAAGGAGAGCCGCAUCGCAGAGCAGGAGCAGCUGUGAGAGUGCGGGAGCUGCCCCGACAGGAGCAGCGGGCAGGGCCAGCACUGACCCCUCUGCAGACGGGGCGGGAGGUGAGCAUCGGCCCCAGCGCGGCGAUGCCACGGGGCACGACCGCCCACACGUGGGCAGCGCAGUCGGGCCGGGCACCCAGCGGAGUGCUGCGGAGGAGCCGAGCAGAGCCACGGUUGGGCAGAGCCCGCGGCGGG